AACCAGAAGAAGAACAGGUAACUUCCUGUAACUUAACGGAACUUUACGCCAACCUCCUACGGCAAACCUCCGCAGAAAGAUAAAGAGUCAGCAUGUCGUCGCUUCUUCGCCGCCUACCGACGCCCAGGUUGGUGUUGUCGUCACGGGGACGUUUGGCCGGUCGUUGCCGCUCCGACGACCGAGUUCCGCGGCAAGGCGGUCGAGUGUUGGCCGGCUUUGGUGGCGCGCAUUGCCGCUCCGAGCACACGGCAGCUGCAGGUGCUGUGGAGGUGGAGCUCAGGAAACUACGUGGGGAGGACGAUGGUAUCGUGGAAGUGCUCAUGUGUCGACACAAGGCCCGGAACGCUCUGGGCCACGUGUUUGUGUCCCAGAUGAGAGCGCUGAUGUCCACGCUGUACAAUGGUGACUCUGCCCCGCGUGUGGUCGUCUUCAGGAGUUUGGUCCCCGGUGUCUUCUGUGCAGGAGCUGACCUGAAAGAACGAGCGCUGAUGGACGACAGACAAUCUGAUUUGUUUGUUCACGGCCUGAGAGACCUCAUGUCUCACAUAGCCUCGCUGCCCAUGCCCACCAUAGCAGCCAUUGAUGGAGUGGCUCUGGGAGGAGGACUUGAGCUGGCCUUGGCCUGUGACCUUCGCACUGCUGCGUAUUCCGCACAGAUGGGCCUGAUUGAGACGACACGGGGGCUGCUCCCGGGGGCCGGAGGAAGCCAGCGACUGCCGCGCACCGUGGGCGUGACUCUGGCCAAAGAGCUGAUCUUCACAGGGAAGCGCCUGGGAGGGCAGGCGGCGCUGGCGAUGGGCCUGGUGAACCGAGCGGUGGACCAGAACGAGGCGGGAGACGCCGCUUACUCAGAGGCGCUCAGCCUGGCUCGGGAGAUCCUGCCUCAGGCUCCCAUCGCCGUGCGGAUGGCGAAGGAGGCGAUGAACAGGGGCACCGAGGUGGACAUCACCUCGGCCAUGGCGAUAGAAAGGAUGUGCUACGCUCAGGUCAUCCCGACACGGGACAGACGCGAGGGAAUGGCGGCAUUCAUCGAGAAGAGACCUCCGCGAUACAUUGGCGAAUAAUUUGGGGUGACAAACCACUUUAUUUUAAUGAAAUGGUACCUCGGUUUUCUUACACCGUCUCGAUGCAAUCUCACAUUUUCAUAAUGUCAUCGACUAUCACAUCUAUAAAUCUGUCACGCGUAUGAUUCCGCGGAAUUUAGUGUCCAAACAAAGAAUCGCGCUCAGUCGGUGUGCUUUUUUGUUUUUAAAUUGAGUGACUGCAAAAUAAGCCACUAUGGGGCCAAAGAAAGUUGUGAGUGCAAGCACUUAGAUUAAAAAAAGAGAGAAAACAUUUUUAUUUUUAAAUUGAGUAUGACAGCAAAAUAAGCCACUAGGGGCCAAAGAAAGUUGUGAGUGCAAGCACUUAGAUUAAAAAAAGAGAGAAAACAUUUUUAUUUUUAAAU